CGCACGCGCAAACACUCCAUCCGCCGGGGUCGUCGGGUGCGUCGGGCUUGUGAGGAGCGCGGGCCGGAGUUCCAAACGCUUAACCAUGUCGGCGUCGGUGGUGUCUGUCAUCUCCCGGUUCUUAGAAGAGUACUUGAGCUCCACUCCUCAGCGUCUGAAGUUGCUGGACGCGUACCUCCUGUAUAUACUGCUGACCGGGGCGCUGCAGUUCGGUUACUGUCUCCUCGUGGGGACCUUCCCCUUCAACUCUUUCCUCUCGGGCUUCAUCUCUUGUGUGGGAAGCUUCAUCCUGGCGGUUUGCCUGAGAAUACAGAUCAACCCACAGAACAAAGCGGAUUUCCAAGGCAUCUCUCCAGAGCGAGCCUUUGCUGAUUUUCUUUUUGCCAGUAUGAUCUUGCAUCUUGUUGUCAUGAACUUUGUUGGCUGAAUUGUUCCUGUUAACUGAGGAGUAGGAGACUAGGAAAAUGUUCACUUUUUGAUUUUCCCUGGAUAAGAGCUCCUGAGAUGGCAGCUGGUUUGGAUGCGUGGAUUUUCUUCACAUUCAUACUCGCUUCUGACUCUGACUUGGUAUGCAGGUGGAGAACUCGAGAAGUUCUGUGACAUCUGUCAGAAUAACUUUGUAAUGAGCAUUUAUUAACAUGACCUCUACCUUCCAUUAAGUGUAAUAAUAUUUUUACCUUCCAAAUUAAAGAUUCCAUGCCACUCCUUC